AUGCUCUUUUGCAGUGAAGCCUGCAGGGAACGAGAACUUCAACGUGGAGCACACCGCUUGCUCUGUGUGGAGUUAGUUGACCUUCCUCGGCUCAGGACGUUGCGACGCAACGCACCGUGGGGGCUGUUGCAGCUCAAGCAGCAGGCGAUUCACAGCCAGUUGCAGACUGAUCAGGGCGUGAUGAAGCGGCCCUCCUUGAAUCCCAAGAGGCAGCGGCAUUUGGUCGAGUCGGCGAUGGCUGCUGCAGUGCGGGCGAUACCCAAAGGUCAAACUUGGUCCAAGAUGGAGGUUUUCAGAAAAGCCCUGCAGAAACUCGGUAGAGGAGAUGAAGGCAUUGACACAGGCGUCCGCACGCGGCUGGGCGGCGAGUUGACGCGAGUCGUGGCGCAGCGUGCCCGCAGCUGGCACCGCGUCGUGGCGUCCGAUGGAAGUUUCCUGGGCGCCAGUGACAAGGAGCAGCUAGCAGCACUUCAGCGUGAAGGUGCACGACCCAGGACAGGUGAGACGGUAACUUCCUGGGCGAAGCGAUGCAAAUGUCUCUACGUGGCCACCUACAAGGCCUCGCUGCAGCGCGCUUGUUUGGCGGCAACGGAUCCAGGCGUCAACAAGUGGCCUGCAUGGUCUGUUGAACCAAUCCGAAGCAAAGCUGCGUUGAAGGAGCGGCUCAGCCUGUCGGGCGGCAAACUCUUCCAUCAUCCACAGGAGCAGCGCCCGGCGGCGCCCGCCUUUGCCUCCAAGCGCGCCUGUUCCAAGCCUCCAAAGACCAUUAAGCAAGCUUUGAAGAUGGUACAGCCGCGGCUCCGCAAGCUGCUGACAGCAGGACGUCUGGAGGAGCUACAGAAAGGUCGCCACGGCACCACCACUUGGAACUUGGCGAAGAAGUGGCAGGGCCAGCAGGACACGGAACUGGCGCCUGAAGGGAUCCAGCAGGCAGAGGAGACCGGGAAAUUGCUGGCCUCCAGGAUUAGCCGCUGCAGUGGGAUUUAUGCCUCGGACCUGAAACGUGCUCAUCACACGGCCCAGAUUUAUGGCAAGGCCUUAAACUGCGAGGUGGUGGUGGAGCCAAGGCUUCGCGAGCCAAGCCUAGGGAAGUUUGAGGGCAUGCAUCGAAGUGACAUUUAUGCCGAGUUUGCCGAUUUGUUCAAAGAGCUGGCAAAAAUGGGCCAAAGCGAACGACUUCACAAAGCCUACUUCGAGGGUUUGGAAAGCCCCGCAGAGACCAGCGCACGCGUCGAAGCCUUGGCCCAGGAUGUCCUCGACGCCGCGACGGCGGAGGAGGUGACAACGGUGCUCUUCGUGACGCAUAGCAAGGUGCUGGAAGCGGUUCUGGCGAAGGUCUUUGGCAAGUUCUACGAGGGUGUUCAUACCUCCCCAGGUGCUUUCUUUGUGUGGACCCUUUCGGAUGAGAAUGAGCUCGGCGACCUGCACAAAGAGUGUGCACAGCUGCUGAAGGAAGCCGCUGAAGUGGCGCCUUUCGAUGAAGUCCGUCGACUGGAUGGGGAGGCAGGACAGGGCGGUGCCUACCACUUCUGCAGCGGCUCGGCCUCGCCUUUGGUCGAAGCCAUCCGCAGCACGAUCUACGAUCAUUUGGUCAAAGCCUGGCCCGAACUCUGCAGCUACGGAAAAUCCUUGGUUGACUUCGAACAACGCUGUUGUGCUGCGGGGCAGAAAAGGUGUGCGACGAUCUUUUUGGCCUUUGGCGAGGGUGGUCAAAACUUGGCACAUCAGGAUCCGUAUGGAAGGCUCUUCUUCCCCUACCAAGCGAUGUUGAUGCUCAGCCGACGAGGUACAGAUUUCACAGGUGGCGAGUUCUUCGUGAAGAACAUGAAGACGGGAGAGGUCUGCGAGGUCCCUGCGGACGAGGGUGAUGUCACCAUCUUCGCGGCCAACAGCGCAGCGGUCAAAGGACAGGAUUUUAAGCACGGCGCCCGACAGCAUCAUGAAAAUCUCCUGCUGGCAGCCAUGGCCUUUGCUUGGGCCAUAUGUCAGGUGAAGUAUCACCAAAUGCCGCUCUGCCGCGCGCUGGCCGAACUCUUGGCGUGCCAAAGUGAGCGAUGGGAUUCUUUGGUAGCCAGGCAGCACGAAAAACGUCGACGAGUUCUUCAGGAGUCUUACGCGCUGUUGCAAGAGGUGCUCGACUGCAAUGGCUUCAGUGAGGAGGUCUACGCUCGAGUGCUGGGGGAGUUUGACCUGGUGAAUGUGAGUAUCGAAUUCGAUCAUCCUUUCCAGGCAUCCCUGGAUGAGUUGCAGUCCUUGCGACUGGCGAUGCACGACUCUGGACUCAUGCGGCGUUUGGUGGAGGUGCACUCGCAACCAUGGCAUCGCAGCUGUGGCCCCAUGAUCCUGACGUCCCAUGGCCCCUGUGUGGCCAAUGGAAUUCCGACCUCCGUUCGCCGUCGAAGCCUAGCCCCGCCACGUGCUGCCGCGCAAGCAGCGACAUCCAGCAGGACAUCUCUGGGUGGCUCCGCCACAGCCGGCCUCGCCUUGUUCCACGCUUUGCGGCGUCGCACAAAACACCGCGCCGCCGCGCGGCUCACGCGGCGCAGCGCAGCGCAGCCCAUCUUUUGCUCGGUGCUGUCGUCGCAGGGCGACUGGCGCGCGGCUGUGGCGGAGUUGGUGGCAGAAGCCACGUAUCAGUUGCAACGCCACAGCAGCCACCGUCCUUGGGACUUCGCCGUGGUCAACGUCAGUGGCCACGAUGACGUCUCCGUGGCCGACGUCACCACCACGCUGGACCGGUCCCUGGGCACCGACGGCGCCUGCGUCGGCGCCGCGGUGAACGGCUGCAGUGGGCCGGGCACGGACCACCAACGUCACAGCCAUUCCGGCAGUCCUGUGAUCCAACUGGUGGCGGUGCAGUUGCCAGCGCCCAGGCACCAAGGACGUGACUGGGGCAAUGAGCUUCGGAGAGCAGCCUGCAACACGGCGAAACCGUUCUUCGUGGGACAGGCAGAGCUGCAACGAAUCUCGGGCCUCGUGUGUCAACUUCAGGGACGAACACGAGUGCAGGGAGCACAGGAAUCUGCACUGCCACGGGCAUGGCGACAAUUCUUAGGUGUGGCAGACAACGAUGAUCGCCCCAACGGCAUCCUGUUAUUCAUUGAUCCCCUUGCGUCGAAGUAUGUCGUUGGCUCCGUCUUAAGUGCCUUAGACUUGGCCUUUCCCACGGCCGUGAAGUGCGGCGCUGUCUGCGCCGAUCUGCUGCCCUCCCGGAAGCGUCUCAGCGUGGCAGCGCGGGAACAACAGAACGACGCGGAUCCCUUGGCGGCCGGGGUAGCGGGCAUCUUGCUGCCACCAGACAUGUCCAUCCACAGCAUGGUCUCCAUGGGCAGCUGUCGGGUGGGUCCUGAGCUUCGAGUGACGUCAGCUGAUGGGCAAAUCAUCAAACAGAUGCAAUUCGAUGAUGACAAGGAGGCGCACCCCGCCGUGGAAAUGUUGCAAGAGGUGUCCAAGCAAGCGACACCGUUGCAGCAACUUUUAAUUGAACGGAGCGGUUUCUUGCUCGGCUUGGAGGCUCCAAAGCCCUUGGAUCCUGAGAAAUCCAAGGUCUACGACGAUGUCUGGGGAUCCUCAGAGAGGGCCCCGUCCUACACGGCCUUGCGCAGACAGGCGAACUCCUGUGACUGGCUCUUGCGAUCCCUGGAGCCAUUACCGGGUGGAUCGGUGGUGAUCCGAAGAGACAAUUUGAAAAGAGUUCCGCCCAGGGUCGGCCCAGCCUGGUUGCGGUGUCAGCUGCAUGUCUUCAAUGAGCGGAAAGGCAAACAAGAGCUGGAGUUAAUGCUGCAGCGUUACAUGGGCGCACGCAUGACCAUCCCAGUCCCCGUUGGAGCGCCCUUCGGUGCUGUGGUUUUCACUUGUCACUCAUGGUGCGCCAACGACGGAGAGGAGGUGGGAGUGGCCGAGGUAUCCAAGGCCUUUCCCCCCAUCCCGGUGGUGACGGUGAACUGCUGCGGCGAGGUGGCGCAGCCGGGGAUCGCACUGGGCGGCGUGGACCAGAAACGCACCACUGUGCAGGGCCACACGGCCACCUGCUGUUUCUUCAGCUAUGAACGGAGGUGGCCAACUGCCGUCAUGAGGGGGCCUGGCAGUCUUCCGAAUGCCGCUUUGUUGACAUUGGCUCCAGCCCAUUUUUGGCUCGUGAUCAAAGAAGAAGCUGGCACUGUCCGGGGCCCAGAGCUAAACUACAGGGGCAAAGACAAAGGCAACAUGAAUCAGCAGCUUGUGAACUUUGGCGCGGAUGGAAGGGUGCAGGUGGAUCGGCAGGCCUUAAAGCGUGCGGAGGCAGAGGGCAAGGUGAAAUGUGCCCGUUAUCUCCGGUUCGCCUUCUUCGCCCAUGUGGCAGUGCUGAUUUUGGUGAACAUUGUGGUGUGGCUCAUCUAUGCGAUGCUGAGGUCCCGGGACCGUGGCGGCACCUACAAAUGGCCACUCUGGGUGACUUUUGGUUCCAUCGUGCUGGUCAUCGCGCACUUGCUGAGCAUGCUUCCCUAUGCAGUGUGCAAAGGAAGCUCCACAUGUCCGCGGUGGGUUUGGGUGGUCUUGUUGAACUUGGCCUUGGUCAACAUCGUGGUUUGGUCCGUCUACGCGGCCAGCGAGUCCGAAGCCUGUCCUCCGGGUCAGAACUGUGAAUACCUGUGGCCUGCUUGGGUCUCCGGAUCCACAGCCUUGGUGGCCAUCGUGGUAGCCCUUAUGCCCUGCAUCUGCGGCGCCCUCUUUGGCAUUCACGACGAUGUUGGGGACAGCGAACUGGAGAAUGCGAUCUACGAGUCCGAAAGUGAGUGA